AUGAGUUGCAGACAGAUGGCCUCAACUUUCUGGGGUCGCAGCAGCAGCAGCAGCAGCUGCGGUGGUGGCGGAGGAGGCAGAUUGGGCAGUGGAGGCAGCAUGCGAUCUUCUUUCAGUCGCUCCUCCAGGGCUGGUGGAGGAGGGGGCCGCUUUAGCUCUUCCAGUGGCUUUGGUGGGGGUGGCCUUUCGGCCUGUGGCAGUGGAGGUGGUGGCAGCUAUGGUGGAGGAUCUGGAGGGGGCUUUAGUGCAGGGAGUUCAGGUGGUGGCUUUGGUGGUGGCUUUGGAGGUGGCUUUGGUGGUGGCUCUGGAGGUGGCUUUGGUGGUGGCUCUGGAGGUGGCUUUGGUGGUGGCUCUGGAGGUGGCGAAGGUGGUAUUCUGAAUACCAAUGAGAAGGUCGUCAUGCAGAAUCUCAAUUCCCGUUUGGCCUCCUACAUGGAUAAAGUACAGGAACUGGAGCAGGACAACACCACUCUGGAGAAACAGAUCCAGGAAUGGUAUUCAAAGAAGGGGUCCAGAAUCUUCCAGAAGGAUUACUCUAAUUUCUACAACACUAUUGAAGACCUGAAGGACAGGAUUAUAGACCUCACAAUGAGGAACAAUAAAACACUCCUGGACAUGGACAACACUCGCAUGACUAUGGAUGACUUCAGAAUUAAAUUUGAAAUGGAGCAGACCUUGCGGCAAGGGGUGGAGGCUGAUAUCAACGGCCUGCAGAAGGUGUUGGAAGGUCUGAAGAUGGAGAAAUCUGAUCUGGAGAUACAACUUGAUACUCUGGAGGAUGAGCUGAACGCUGUUAAGAAGAAUCACCAGGAGGAAAUGAAGCAACUGACAGGUCAGAAUGAUGGAGAUGUUAGUGUGGAGAUAAAUGUUGCCCCUGGCACAGAUCUCACCCAGGUCCUCAAUAACAUGCGUGAAGAGUACGAGCAACUCAUUUCUAAGAACCGGCAGGACAUUGAGCAACACUAUGAGUCCAAGAUGACCCAGAUUGAACAAGAGGUGACCAACAGUGGCCAAGAGAUGGAGACCAACAUGAAGGAGGUGUCCCAGCUCCGGCACAGCAUCCAGGAGUCGGAAAUUGAGCUGCAGACUCAGCUUAGCACGAAAUUGGCCUUGGAGAAGGCUUUGGAAGACACAAGGAACCGCUACUGUGGCCAGCUGCAACAGAUUCAGGAACAGAUCAGUCAGGUGGAGGCCCAGCUUGCUGAGCUCCGGGAAGAAACUGAGUGUCAGAACCAGGAAUAUGGCAUUCUGCUAGGCAUCAAGACACGGCUGGAAAAAGAAAUUCAGACUUACCGCAGCCUCCUUGAAGGCGGCCAGCAAGACUUUGAAUCUUCUGGAGCUGGACAAAUUGGCUUUGGAAGUGGCAAAGGAAGACGAAGAGGAAGUGGAGGCAGCUAUGGAGGAGGAAGUGGAGGCAGCUAUGGAGGAGGAAGUGGGGGCAGCUAUGGAGGAGGAAGUGGGGGCAGCUAUGGAGGGGGAAGUGGAGGGGGAAGUGGGGGCAGUUAUGGAGGAGGAAGUGGAGGGGGAAGUGGGGGCAGUUAUGGAGGAGGAAGUGGAGGCAGCUAUGGAGGAGGAAGUGGAGGGGGAAGUGGGGGCAGUUAUGGAGGAGGAAGUGGGGGCAGCUAUGGAGGAGGAAGUGGGGGCAGCCAGGGUGGAAAAAGUGGAGGCAGCCAUGGAGGAGGAAGUGGAGGCAGCCAUGGAGGAGGAAGUGGAGGCAGCCAUGGAGGAGGAAGUGGGGGCAGCCAUGGAGGAGGAAGUGGAGGCAGCCAGGGUGGAAAAAGUGGAAGCAGCCAUGGUGGAGGAAGUGGAGGAAGCUACGGUGGAGGAAGCAGUUCUGGGGGAGGCAGUGGAGGAAGUUAUGGUGGAGGAAGUGGAUCUAGGGGAGGAAGUGGAGGUGGCCAAAGUAGAGGAGGUGGCUCUAAGGGAAGUAGUGGAGCAGCUAUGGUGGAGGAAGUCAUCCAUCCAUCCAACCAACCAUCUGCACACCUACUUAUUCAUCCACUAACUUAA